UAAUUACUUGUCUCAAAAUGUUCAUUUAUAGUGAUCAUAUAUUAAAAGUACUUUGUAAAACUAUUUUUGACCAGUGGAAUAUAUAAAUGUCGAAUCUUUCUUAGUAUUGAAAAAGGCAAUGUCUGACAAACUUUCUUAUCCAAUACUAUUUCUUAGGCAAGUUUUUAAUUUUCAUAUUUUUUGUGGUAUGGCAAUUGCCACCAAUUGCCCUCUGGUAGCCCACCAAUGUCUAUGUAUUUUCCUUUAUUUUUAAGUGUUUCAUCAUCUGUUUGUUUGUUUGUUUUCCUUUAACUGAUUUCAUCAAACUUUACUUGGCAAGGGAUUUGUCCGACGGGUGUGGGUGUUAGUAAAAAGGGAGAUGACACACAUAUGCACACACACACCCUUCAUUUGUGCUUCAAUAAUACUCUUAGCAAGUAUAUUCCGAAAGCGAAUGAUAUUAUUUUGAAGCAGUUGUUGAAUAAUUGUUGCUAUAUUUGAUUCAUUGAUUUGUUUAACUAGAUCAUUGAUAGAUUUUUUUGAAAAUAUUCCGUGUUACAGAUUGAUAUUCCAAUGAUGCCUUAUCAGUGAAUGAACCCUAAACUUUUUAAAUGGAAACAAUUUUUUUCUGACUUGAAAAGAUCAUACUUCUUUGCGUGGCUGGUUAGAUCGUGGUAUAUUAAGUUGAUCAUCAUCUGCUGCAGCAGCAGAUACUGUUUCACUUGGAUGAGAAUAAUAUGUUAUACUUGAUCCAGGCACUGCAUUAGAUUUCAACAUCUCAUCAAUCGAAGAUGUACAUUUGAGUUAGCGUGGUUUCUAAUUGAGCCUACCCAGGUCGACGAUUAGGGACUUCGUAUACGCUUCUUAUACAGCCAUAAACAGUCGUGUUUUAGAGUUUUACAUGAUCCAGUAUUACGGUCGUAUAUCAUCGGGACUGUAUACGGAUAAACAAGGAAGGAAAACGGAGAUUGUAUACCGUCUUUGUAUACGAUGACCGUAAACGACCAUUUUUCUCUCCGUAUACGUCCGUUUACGGCUGUGUCAGUUCGACUUGGAUAUUUAAUAUACAACACUAACCAUUUAUUCAAUGUUUUCCGCUUUUCUAAUAUGCAAAGCGAAUGAGAAUACUAUCUCAUUUAGUUUGAUAACAGCUGCCACUUCUUGUUGAUAUCUUAAUCCAUUGAAUCAAAGCCGAAACGUUGAAGGUACUAGAAUACCGGUGAAAAUUUCAACUGCCGUCCGUCAAACGAAGGGUGGGUGUGGAUAUGGGUGUUGUUUUCUCUGUAUACACACCCACACCCUGCUUUAUUUACGUCAUCUUGCUCCAACUACAACAGUAUGUUUUUUUUCUUUUGAAUUCUUGAAAUUUAUAAUGUUUUUGUUUUUGUAACAAAUGAAGGUUAUUGCAAUAACAGCAGAAGCUCUAAGUGAAACUCAUGAUGCAGAUAGUCCAGUAGUUUGUAAAGCAGCAAGAGGAUUUAAGUCAUCAAAAUCAUCAUCAUCAUCAUGUGCUGAUGCUCAACAUCGUUAA